CCCUGAGCUCGAUGUAUCCGCCUCCGAGUAGCAGGAGUCAGUUCAUGCCUACGUCGCGCCGCAGCUCGGCGGGCUCCGCGGCCGACACGCCGUUGACGGCUGAGCGCGCCAUGAUGGACCAGAUCCGCUCCAAGCUCGAGCGCGCCCAGCGCCGCCUCGCGCGCAAUGCUCCGGGUAGUUCCGGCAGCGUUGGCUCCUCGUACAUUCCUUCGUCCGAAUACAGCAGCGCCACGCGCGCGCCGCCUGUGAAGAGCGUUCUCAUGGAGGACAUGCCCGCCACAGCGUCGAGACCGCCGCCGUCUACGAUGCGUCAUCACGGUCUGCCACCGCCGCCCUCCACGUCCCGUCAUCACGGGAUGCCACCGCCUUCCAGUCGCCGUCCUCCACCUUCGUCCAAACAUGACGUAGGCUCGAGACAUCAGUCGAGAUACGCGCCGCAACAAUACAAAAGCAGGUCAAAGUAUACUCAGGAAGACACGGACCCACUUAACGGCGGACCGCCGCCCAUGUCCACGCCCUACUUGGUGUAUUCCAACUCGCGGCCGCCUAUGACAGGCUCGCAGCAUAAGAGCACUCGCUUGCCGUCGUCCAAACGACCAGAGGACGACAAACACCGACACCGCGCACCGCCCAGUUCUAGUUAUAACGUAGCCAUGAACGGUCCGCCAUCCGCUAUGCGUUCGGGUAUUGCACGUCCACCGACGUCACGUGUUCGUUUCGAAGGCCACGGAGACAAGGAAGCGCUUGAGAACAAAGAGCGCGAGAGUGAAGUCGAAAGAAAGCGACGUCAUCACCAACUGAAGGAGCGGGAGGCGCGUCAUCAGCGUCAUCGGGAGCAGGAGAUCAAGAACAUCAACGCGCGCGCAAAAGGUGCGGGACCGUCGUCGCCCAUUGCGGCCACACGUGGACGGCGCUCGUCAUCGCUUGAGAAGCCGCCGAGUUCGGCCAUCAAACCGUCGGCGUAUGACGACAUUGCACAGGCAAUUCCCACGUCUCCAGUGGGGCGGCCACGUCGCAGCUCCAUUAGCAACCCACCGCCUAAGUCGGAUAUUAAAGUCUCAGCUUUUGAAGAUAUGAUACCGAGACGACGAGGCACUGAGAACCCGUCGAAGCAUACAGGGCCAGAGAGACCGGAAGUUGAGCCCAAAAUUGAGAAUCUGCACGCUGUAGAAAGUCCGGAAAAGGGUGCAACCCCAGAGUGUGAGACGGAAACGGACGGAGUAUCUUCCGAGUCGGACAACCAGGAGCAGGACACAAUCCAGCCGUCAGCUCCGCCCUUGUCUGUAGCAGUAAAGUCUCCGGUAGCGUCGGUGGUACUAGAGCGUGACGAGCCAAAGGCGGAGGAAGAGGCUGAUGCAGACACUUCGUACGACACGGACGACAGCUAUGAGUUCGACAGCGAUUCCGAGUUGCUGUCGUCGUCUGGAUAUUCCAUGUUUGAGGCCCAUGUCUUGGAAGUGGAUGUGGAUUUGGAUGCGUAUUCGGACGAGAGCGAGGACGAAACGGAGCAGAGUAAGAGCAACAACCAGAUCUCGGAAGACGAAGACGUCCCCACUCCGCCAACCACCGAGUUGUCCACUGUCAAGGAAGAGGACGAAGAGGAACAAGCAUCGACGUCCAGACUGACAGCGAGGGACUUGGCUCUCCACGCCUUAGGUCGCCCCAGUAGCUGCUCGCUCUCCGACAUCGGAUCUCCUGUGCCCUCAGCGAACGGAAAGCAGUCGCCGAAGAGCAAACCAGCGCCCAUGUCGUACACUCCAGCGUCGUCUGCGUAUCCUUCGUCCCGUACACUGAAUCGAUCUCCCGUUCCAGCCACAACCGGUCGAACGCGACGGAACCGAGUGCCGCCACCGAUUUCGUCCACAUCUGUUGCCAGCUACGUCCGUCGCUCGCGAGCACGAGCCCCUAUGGACUUGAACAACCAGUUGCCACCGUCUAUUGGUGUCCUAUCGGGCUUGUCUAGUGGAUCCUCUACCUUUGAGAUGGACCCGUCGUACUUUUACGAGGUGACGUGGAAGUCGGGCGAGUUUGCCUUCUCGGUGCAGCGCGUGUACACUGCCGAGAACGAGUUCGAGUUUGAUGAUCGAGAGCCGCAACUCUUUUUGCGGAUGCUGCUCAAUACGGAGCGUAGCACCUGCAGGAGUUUCCACAAUGUGCGUGUGGGCGACGUGUUGAUUCGCGUGGGCGACGCGUAUGUGUCGGAUCUGGGACUGGAAGGGUCAGGAACAGUGCUGACGAAAUUCUUUGCCAAGAUGAUGGCGCAGACUCCGAUUAAACUCACGUUCCAGCGCAUGAGCCCUAGCGAUUGGGAGGGCGGAGUAGAGCUUUAAGGAUG